CCAUGAAAUGACAUUCUUAGGAUUAAGUCUUACUAAAUCCCAAUUUCGUACUAGUUACAGGCGUGCACGCUUGCUGCAACAAACAAUGACAAAUACAGGGUGGAUUUCCUGUAAAUCAAGUGAAGUAAAGCUUGAUAUUACCCUUGCAUGUGGCCAGUCGUUUAGGUGGAAAGAAACUAGCCCUGGUCAGUGGACCAGUGUACUUGCAGGCAACAUAUGGACAUUAGGCCAAACUGAUGACAAGAUUAUCUACAGAGUUUAUGAAAAAGGUUACAAUGGACCAUCAUUACCUCUGCCAGAUCCUCAGGAAACAAAAUCAAAAAUAGAAAUGAAAAGAGACACAUCAAAUCAGGGAUGUGAUAAGUUGUUGAAGAAGUCAAGUAUUAAACAAGAAAUUCACACAUCUGACAAUUAUAAUAUAAAUCUACCACUUAUUGAUAGUGAUAAUUCUAGCUCAAAGUAUUCAGCAGUGCUUCAGAACUACUUUCAGCUGGGUGUAAACCUGGAAGAUCUUUAUGGUCAUUGGAGUGCCUCGGAUCCUCAUUUUAAGGCAGUGGCAGCAGAUUUUACUGGUGUACGUAUUCUUCGCCAGGACCCUGUAGAGAAUCUGUUUGCCUUUAUCUGCUCUUCCAAUAAUAAUAUCAGCAGGAUUAGUGGUAUGGUAGAAAACCUAUGUAAGACGUAUGGAGAGAAAGUUGGAAUACUUGAUAAGGAACCUUAUUUUACCUUUCCCAGUGUUGAAGCACUGACUGGAAAACAGGUAGAGCAGACACUGCGGGGAUUGGGGUUUGGAUACAG